AUGUACGAUCCUCUCAUGCUCUUUGAUCAACAACUACGAGAAGAACUACAGAAACGAAGCCUUGUCACAAGUAGCAACAAAGAAGUACUAGUAGCACGACUGAGAGAAGCUCUCAUUGACGAAGGUAAGAACCCAGACGAAUUCAAGUUUGAUGGUGCUGACGAAGACAAUGAAAUUAGUACAGGCACGUUUACAACCGCUAAAAUGAUGGAACUUCUGGUUAGUAUGUCAACUGAAAUAAAACAACAAAUCAAGGAACAGUCCGAACGACAGACAGAGGAGUUAAAACAGAUCAAAGAACAGUCCGAACGACAGACAGAGGAGUUAAAACAGAUCAAAGAACAGUCCGAACGACAGUCCGAACGACAGACAGAAGAGUUAAAACAACAGAUCAAGGGAGAGUCUGAACGACAGACAGAGGAGUUAAAACAGAUCAAGGACCAGCUAAAACACGUAAAAUUGGAAGUGGCAGAACAGAUUGAAGAACAGUCAACAAGAAUAGAAAUGAUCGAGCAGAAACUUGAUCGUCAGACCGUUGAGGUAGAUCACAAGAUAGACAAAUUGAAGCGAGAAUUGGAGCAAUCCAAAAAAAUGGCCAUGCCGUUAGAUCACGCAUCCGGAAGAACUUUGAAGGUACCAGCAUUUGACGUAGAGAUGUCCUGGAACGUUUAUAAAACCCAGUUCGAAGCAGCGGCAACUAGUAACUGUUGGAACGGAAAAGAACGAGCAACAGCACUGAUACUGGCCCUGCGAGGUUCAGCAGCAGAGCUUAGAAACAGAACGCAACGAUCUGGUGAAUCCAUUCAGCAGCUGGCACAAAAUAUCGAACGGUUGACAUUGCUGUCGUAUCCGACAUCAGACCCCGAGCAUAGAGACGAAACUGCCCUGGAUACGUUUAUCAAAGCCCUUCGUGAUUCGGAACUCAAGCAAUCCCUUCUCUUGUCAGAUAAACGAAAACUCAAGGAUGCUGUUGCGCACAGUCUCACUUUUGAAUCGGCAAAGCAAGCAUCAAAAAGUGACACUACAUCGAAAUCGAAAAGACCUAUGGCUGAACAGAAAAGUUGA